UUGAACAAUACACCGAUGCAGACAUCCUCACGGAAUCAGCAACCCCUAGUUAUUUCCAUCUCUGUAAUUCUUGGAGUUAUGGUUCUGUGUGGUAUUAUUUAUAUAAUUUAUCUGAAAAGAUCGGCAAGAAGUAAAGAAGCCAGAGAAAUUGUUUUGGGAAUGCCUAUUGAGUACUUGCCUCAUAGAGAUAGUUUUGAUGAAGAUUUAAUCACUGAAGAUGAUAAGAAACGGAUUGAUGUCCCGUUUUUCAGCUUCAAUAGCAUACUAGUUGCUACCGAAAACUUCUCAAAUGCAAGUAAGCUCGGGAGAGGUGGAUUUGGACCUGUUUAUAAGGGUAAGUUUCUCGAAGGUGCAGAGCUAGCGGUGAAAAGGUUGUCAAAUCAUUCAGGACAAGGUGUUGAAGAAUUUAAAACUGAAGUAAUGUUAAUUGCCAAACUGCAGCACAGAAAUUUAGUCAGGCUUCUAGGCUAUUGUGUUGAGGGAAAUGAAAAGAUCUUACUAUAUGAGUAUAUGGCCAACAAAAGCUUGGAUACAUUUAUAUUCGAUCAUACAUUCUGCCGAUUAUUGGACUGGAGGAUUCGUUUUGAAAUUAUAUUGGGUAUCGCACGAGGGCUUCUUUAUCUUCACCAAGACUCGAGGCUAAGGAUUAUUCAUAGAGAUCUUAAGACAAGCAACAUAUUGUUAGAUGAUGAAAUGAAUGCCAAAAUUUCAGAUUUUGGCUUGGCAAGGAUUAUUGAAGGCAAAAGCACAGAAGUUAAUACAACCAGAGUUGUUGGAACUUAUGGCUAUAUGUCACCGGAGUAUGCAUUGGAGGGACUCUUUUCAAUCAAGUCCGAUAUAUUUGCCUUCGGAGUGGUAGUGCUUGAAAUCAUAAGUGGGAAGAGAAACAUGGAAUUUUUCGAAGAAGUAAACCUUACUGGUUAUGCAUGGAGACUGUGGAUGGAAGACAGGGCACUUGACAUGAUUGAUCAAACUAUUGUUGAUACGUUCGAGGACAAGGAAGUGAUAAAAUGUGUAAAUGUUGCACUUCUAUGUGUGCAAGAAGAUCCAGGUGAUCGUCCUACAAUGUCAAAUGUAGUUCUUAUGCUUGGAGGCGAAAGUAUGACUCUUCCUAGACCAAGCCAGCCACAUUUUAUCACACGAAGAAAUGCUUCGAGUACAUCUUCUUCCUCUUCUAAGCUCUACAGCACUUUCAACAAAGAGAUGAUCACGAUAACUCAUGAAGAAGAAGGCCAAUACAUAGAGAUGUUGUAUGCAUUGUGGCUUCGUACUGUUGAAUCUCUUGGAAUUGAAACGAUCUCAGUAAAUCACUCUGUUUCUGGAAACCAAACUAUCGUCUCUUCGGGGGAAAACUUUGAAUUAGGAUUCUUUUUUCCUGGUAGUUCGAAAAAUUACUAUCUUGGUAUAUGGUAUAAGAAUGUAAUGCCACAAACAAUAGUAUGGGUAGCAAACAGGGAGAAGCCACUUUCUGCUACUGAUAUGAAUUCUGUUGAGUUGAAAGUUUUGGAUGGUAAUUUAGUGCUUAUUACUGAAUCCAAAAACUUGUUUUGGUCCACAAAUAUCAGCAACACAAUUAGUUCAAAUACACUAAUGGCAAUUCUUUCUGAUGAUGGUAAUUUGAUUUUGAGUGAUGGAUCAAAUUCAACUACACCACUUUGGCAAAGCUUCGAUAACCCAACUAAUACAUGGUUGCCGAAUGCUAAGGUGAAGUAUGACAAGCGUACAAAUACAACAAAGAUUCUUACUUCUUGGAAGAACUCAGAGGAUCCAUCUCCGGGGAUUUUUUCAGUGGAAAUGGAUCAGAGUAAUAAGCAGUUCUUGAUAAAAUGGAACAGGACUGAGAUGUACUCAGCUACUGGAUCUUGGAAUGGGCAUAUUUUCGACAUGAUGCCUGAGAUGAGUUUGAAUUCUGAUAGAUACAGAUUUUCAUAUGUUGAUAAUGAAAAUGAGAGCUAUUUUACUUAUUCCCUCCGAAACUCUUCCAAAAUCAGAUUAACACUAGAUGUCUCUGGGCAAAUCAGGCAUCUGAUUUGGGCCGAAAAUUUAAAGGAAUGGCAAAUUUUUACAUCUCAACCAAGACAACCCUUGAUCAUUCUGGUGGCUGUGUUAGGAAGGAAAGCUUGCCAGUGUGGUGAUGGUAAAAUGAAGGGCGGUUUUUCGGAGAAUCCCAAUGUGACAUUGCCCGGAUAUUCUCUAACUGUGUCGGCUGCUAGUUCUGAGGAAUGCCAGUCGACUUGCUUGAGUAACUGUUCUUCAUGUAAUGCAUAUGCUUAUGAUAAUAAUGUGUGUUCAAUUUGGAAUGAAGUUGUGAAUCUGAAGCAACUCUCAGCAGGAGAUGGUAGUGGAAGUGUGAUUUAUACCAGACUUGCUGUCUCUGACGAAGCAUACGGUGAAGAUGCAAAUUCAGGGAAAUUGUCCCUGAAGCUUAAAGUCAUCAUAUCUGGAGUGGUAGCCGUUGCAGUUCUACUUCUAAGUAGCUUUAGCUACAUUUAUCAUAGGAGAAUAAUGUCAAAGAAAACAGCAUGCCAACAAAGCACAGGAGGCAAUCCAGUUCCACAUUGGUUAAACAGAGAAAGAGAAGCACAAAACCUGAUUAACGAAAAUGAUAAGCAAAACAUUGCCGUUCCAUUCUUUAGUUUGGAAAACAUACUAGCAGCCACAGAUCAUUUCUCAGAUGUAAAUAAACUUGGACAAGGAGGUUUUGGUCCUGUUUAUAAGGGUAUAUUUUCAGAUGGACAAGAAAUUGCUGUGAAAAGGCUAUCAACCCAAUCUAGACAGGGCAUUGAAGAAUUCAGGAACGAAGUCAUACUGAUCUCGAAACUUCAACAUAGAAAUCUAGUCAGACUUUUAGGCUACUGUAUCACAGGGUAUGAACAGAUUCUACUUUACGAGUAUAUGUCAAACAAAAGUCUAGACACCUUCAUAUUCGAUCCAACACUUAGCAAGUCAUUGAAGUGGAAAAAACGAUUUGAGAUCAUAUUAGGAAUUUCUCGAGGGCUUCUCUAUCUUCACGAAGACUCAAGGCUCAGAAUCAUUCAUAGAGAUCUGAAAACAAGUAACAUUCUUUUGGAUCAACAAAUGAACCCAAAAAUCUCAGACUUUGGCUUGGCAAGGAUAGUUGAAGAACAAACAACAGAAGCAAGUACCAAAAAAGUGGUUGGAACUUAUGGAUAUAUGUCUCCUGAAUAUGCAUUGGAAGGAGUAUUCUCGAUUAAGUCAGACGUAUUCAGCUUAGGAGUAGUUAUACUGGAGAUAGUAACCGGAAGGAGAAAUACAGGAUUUUAUCAAUCUAAAGAAGCAUCUAACCUUUUGGUCCAUGCAUGGAAUUACUGGAAAGAAAAAAGAGCACUACAUUUGCUGGAUCAUUCAUUGCUCGAAUCAUGCAACCCGAAAGAAGCAAUGACGUGCAUAAACGUUGGACUCUUAUGUGUGCAAGAAGAUCCAGGUGAUCGUCCUUCCAUGUCAAAUGUUGUGAUGAUGCUUCGUAGUGAAAGUACGUCUCUUCCAAAACCUAAUCGACCGGCUUUUGUGUCGAGGCGAAAUGUUUCUAAUUCAACUUCUGUUUCAUCUGGUACACCACCUAGCUUCUCCAAAAUUGAGUUGACAAUCACAGUUGAAGAAGGCCGAUGA